CACACACGAUUAUAGACUCUAAGCGCCUUCCUCGCUCCCAAGGCUGAGACUCUCUGCUCCCGGAAGUGGCCUCCUCUAAGAGACGCUUCUACCUUAAUAAAGACUUUGGCUGGUCAAGACUCGCUCCUCCUCGGCGGUCCGGCCCGGCGCCCGCUAGAUUUCCAGCGCGCACCUGGAAUCCCCGGGGUGCCCGGCUGUCCCUGCCUCCGCGUUCCUCUGCCUCAGACUGCGGAGUUGGGUAAGGACCUGUCCGGAUGGCCGGCUCGGAUUGCGCCGCGAGGACUCCACCCCAUCCGCGCACGUCCUCCAGGGAGGAAGGGGGGGAGGGGUCCUGGGGAUCCGUGGUUGACCUCGGAAGCUCCCGUGUGCACCGUGCUGUGGCAGAUACGAGCCGCGCCGGGCAACAUUGCUCCACGUUUUCUUGGUUUUGGAGAAGCGUCAAUAAGAAUGAAACCUCCCCGGAAGGUGGCUAGGGGCUGGAAGAUUAGGAGGGCGCGGGAAAAAAGCGCUUAGGGAGGAAGGUGCAGGGUUAGCACGUGGUUUCUGCCGGAACCAAUGGGGGGCUGCAGACUCGGUGCCCUGCGCGGGUUCUUCGGCCAACAGAGAUGGCUCAGAGGAGGACUCCGUCCGGGACACCGCGAAUCUGUCCCAGCGCUAGGGUCCAUCUCCAGGACUUCUAGCGACAAGACGGGAAGCUGAGGGCGCUGCGCUCCGCUGGGACCCGAAAGCCCUCAGCCCCGCCCCCUCCGCCUGCGGGAUGCUGCUGAGUCCGGUCACCUCCACCCCAUUCUCCGUCAAGGACAUCCUGCGGCCGCAGCGCGAGCAGGGCGGCCUCCUGGCCUCGCCACGGCGCCGGGCGCAGCGCACCCCUGAAAACUCCCAAGGGCCGCGAACAGAUGCGGAGCCGCGAAAACCGGGGAUUCACAGCGCCGGAGAUAGUGGCGGCAGUGGCGGCGACGCGAGGCCUCCUGGGGCUCCGUGUGAGGCAUCGGUGAAGAUGGACAGAGAACCACUGGGGGAGCCACAGCCUGAUCUGAGUGUGGCCUCGCCCCUCCGCGGUGCGACUACGGUGCCGGAGCGAAGCGGCGGCGGCAGUGGCAGCGGCAGCGGCAGCGGCAGCGGCGGCGACAAUGUGCGCGGUGGCGGCGCCGAGCUGCCCAAGGGGCGGCAGCGGCGGAAGCCCAGGGUGCUCUUUUCGCAAGCCCAGGUGCUGGCCCUAGAGCGGCGCUUCAAGCAGCAGCGGUACCUAUCGGCGCCCGAGCGCGAGCACCUGGCCAGCGCGUUGCAGCUCACGUCCACGCAGGUCAAAAUCUGGUUUCAGAACCGACGCUACAAGUGCAAGAGGCAGCGCCAGGACAAGUCGCUGGAACUGGCCGGCCACCCGCUUGCUCCGCGCCGGGUAGCAGUGCCCGUACUGGUGCGCGACGGCAAGCCUUGCUUGGGUCCCGGUGCGCCUGCCUUCUCCGACCCCUAUGGCGCCGCAGCAGCCCCCUACACCUGCUACGGCGGCUACGCAAGCGCCCCGUACGGCGCGGGCUACAGCGGUUGCUACGGCAGCGCGACCCCAGGUCCCACGUCACUGGCCGGUCCGGGCUUCGGCCCGGGAAGCCGCAGCGUCACUCCGCAGGACCAUCUGCCCGCCACGCUGCAGGGCGUCAGGGCGUGGUGA